AUCAUCAUUAUCUCCUGGGAGCUUUGCCAUUGUCUUUUGGCUUCUAGUAAGUAGUUUGCUUGUAUUAAUCAAGUUCUUUCACUUUCACUGGUUAGUUCUGCUCUCUCAUCAUUACUGAUGGCUCUUGCAUAUUGUGUGCCUUGACGCAGUUCUUAUUUAGCUUUGCACUGAGUCUUCUUGUUUCGUUGUAAUGCACUUGUCUCUUCUGUUAAGCAACACAACGUCAGUAGAGGUAUAUGAGAAGAAAAAAGGAGUAAGAUGGAGGUAUGACCUCGGCAGGAAAAAUUUUGAACAGGUUUUUGGGACAAAGAAAGCUCUGUGGUUGCUUCCUAUGAUUUCAAAAGAGGAUUUGGAUAACAUUGCAGCUCUGAGGGGCCUCGAAUUCCCUACACGUUCAGAUGUUGAGGCAUGAGGCUUAAACGUCAAGCUCAUGGGUGUAGUCUUUCAAUUCAAACCUAUUUGCUACGAAUGAUGCUCUGCUCUGCACUUGGGCUUGCAGGGUCAGCCACAAAUAUUGCUACAUCCUGCUUCUUGUUCGGAAUGUGCGCGCACGCUUUUGUAAAUCUGGUAUUAUUCUUCCCAUUAAUCCUGUAUUAUUGUUAGUUUAAAUGGAUAUUUGAAAGAGAUGAGAAUGCAAGGAGCACUAUAUUCCUCA